AGUUGGUACCCCUUAAAAUUGACGUUACGUCAAAAACUACAUCGAUGUUUUCUUUUACGUUUAUUAUUACUUAUACUUAAUUCUGAUGUUAUUUUUUAAGUAAACCGUGCAACCAACCAACUACAAACAACAAGCUUCACACAGGAACACAAUGAACAAUUUUUAGGUUAGUUAGGUUAAGUCAUCCAAACGACAACAAAUAAGCAAACGUAAACAAACCAACCAGUAAACAAUGUCUGACAAAAAUGAAUUGAUGGAUACGACAGAAGGUCCUGGCACGUCGUCGGGAACAACGACAACAAACAAACCGGAAUAUGCCUCUAGAUUACAGAAUUUGCAGAAAAUCAAGCUGAAAAAACAGAGCUUAUUGGCUUCACCGCUUGAAAAGAAACUGGCCAAAUUGGCAAUAUACUCCAAAUGUCAAGCAGAGGGCUGUGAAUGUAUAGGAUGGAAAAGAACCGAACCACCACUAGAAAAUAAUCAUUGCAAAUGUAAACACUCGAUGGACCAGCAUGUGUCUCAUCUCAGAGACAAAUCAGACAACGAUCUUAACAAACUGUUGGCGAUGUGCGUGGACGUUGACACCAUGUUCACAGCCAUGAACAAGGAGGAGGACCAGGACACAAGGAAGGUGUACAUGUAUCUGUUUAGGUUGUUGCGAAAAUGCGUGAUAACGUGGGACCAACCGGUGGUGGAGGGACCGCUGGGUCAGCCGCCGUUCGAGGAACCGAGCAUCCACAAGGCGGUCACCAAUCUGCUCGUCUACAAGUUCUCCCACAUCGCCCAACAAGAAUGGGGCACCAUGUACGAACUGACCAAGAUCCUAUUCCACUGUCUCAACACGUGGGUGUUUCCGUCGCCCAGCACCCAAAAACACAUCGUCACCCACGAACAGGCCGCCGUUUACAGGAUCGAGUACACUAGAUGGCUGGUGUUCUGCUACGUGCCAACGUUCUGCGACUCCCUUCAGCACCACGACACGACGAUGGUGUUCGGACGCACGUUGCUCCGGGCCGUCUUCAACUAUCUACGCAAGCAGAUCAUGGACGAGUUCCACAGAGAUAGGGACUCGAUGCCGCCUGAGAGGCGGGUGCUGUUGCUCACCAACUUUCCGCCCUUCCUGAAGACGCUCGACGAGGAGAUCUAUGCACCCAACUCUCCUAUUUGGGAUCCCAACUUCAAGACCACCAGUCCGCAUUUUCAGCAGCUGUUGGAGUCCGCUAAGUCCAAGUUUUCCACCGGAAAAUCGGAGGGAGAGAAAAAUCCCAGUGCCGGCAAAAGCAUGAGGACCGACGUGCGAGAGAAGCGACGGAAAAUCGUCUCCGAAGAACAAUUCGAGGACAUCCCGAUGGAAACUGUGGCGGAAGUUAUUGCCACGAUCGACGGUCCCAGUUAUAAAAGCGGCUCAGACAUGUUUGCUGAAAAUGCGGCGCCGACGGACGAGACGCCGAAAAUGGAGGAGAUGAGGAAGGUGAUCGAGAUGCACGUUAUCGGUAAUAGCUUAACGGAACCGGUGACCAAGAACACGAUGCUGUGGCUGAUUGGAUUGCAGAACGUGUUCUCGCGACAGUUGCCCAGGAUGCCCGUUGAAUACAUCACACAAUUGCUCUUUGAUCCGAAACACAAGACAAUAGCUUUAAUUAAGAACGGAAGGCCGAUUGGAGGGAUUUGUUUCCGUCCGUUUCCCACCCAGGGUUUCACGGAAAUAGUAUUUUGUGCGCUCACUUUCAGUGAACAGAUGAAAGGCUACGGCGCCCAUCUGAUGAACCAUCUUAAGGACUACCACAUAUCUAAGGGUAUCCUACAUUUUUUGGCAUUUGGAGACCAAAACGCCAUAGGGUAUUUCGAAAGGCAAGGCUUCUCUAAGGAAAUCAAAAUGAACAGGGUCCUAUACCAGGGUUAUAUAAAGGAAUACGAAGGUGCCACACUGAUGCACUGCGAGCUGAACCCCAAGAUCAUUUACACGGAGUUCACGUCGAUUGUAAGGAGGCAGAAGAAGCUGGUGAAGCAGCUGAUAUACCAGCAACAGCAGCAGGUGUCCAAAGUGCACCCUGGCCUUACAUUUUUCAAGGAAGGUGUGCGUAGCAUUCCCGUGGAAUCCAUACCUGGGCUGCAGGAAACCGGUUGGAGGCCGACGAACAGGACGACCCGGGGGCAACAGCUGGAGGAAUCACAGGACAUUGAUAACUUGGCGAGGAUGUUGAGGACAGUUUUGAAUGCCGUCAAUGUACACGAAGACUCGUGGCCAUUUAGACAACCAGUUGACAAGAACGAAGUCAAAGAUUACUAUUUUCACAUUAAAUAUCCCAUGGACUUGAGGACGAUGGGAGAGCGAUUGAGAAACAGAUACUACGUGUCCAGGAGGUUGUUCAUCGCAGACAUGACCCGCAUUUUUACCAAUUGUAAAUUGUAUAACUCCCCAGAGACAGAAUAUUACCAAUGUGCAGUAAAUUUGCAGCAGUAUUUCCAGACGAAAAUGAAAGAAAUCGGUCUUUGGGACAAAUAAGUGUUUGAUAAUCAAAGAUGAGAUUUCAUUUUGGAUUCGAAUGACCCAGAGAUUCAACAGAAUCAAAGACUGAUUCAGAAAAAUGAGUUGAGUUUUAUUUUAUUGUUUACUAAGUAUUUAGUAUCCCUAAAGUUUAUUAGAGUGCACCGUAUAUUUAUUUGUGUUUACGUGUUUCUUCGACAUCAAAACUUAUUUUAUUUUGUACAUAUUUUAAAGGAAAUGUUUUACUUAAUUUGCAGUGUAUUAUUAAAAAUAAAUGGUUUGUUGCAAAUAAAUAUGUUAAUUAGAAUAAAACCAAAUGUAUUAAAGGGAAAACCAAUUAUAAAUUGUAAAUAAAACUCACCAGACACGGAAUAUUACUAAUGUGCAGCAGUAUUUUUAGACAAAAAUGAAAGUAAUCGGUCUUUGGAACAAAUAAGUGUUUGGUAAACAAAGAUGAGAUUUCAAUUUCAAAAGAAUCAAAGACUGAUUCAAAAAAAUAAGUUGAGUUUUAUUUUAUUGUUUACUAAGUAUUUAGUAUCCCUAAAGUUUAUUAGAGUGCACCGUAUAUUUAUUUGUACCGACUUCGUGUCUACGUACUCCUUCGACAUUAAAAUUUAUUUUACUUUGUACAUAUUUGAAAGGAAGACGGUAUAUUUCAAAAUGUUUUACUUAAUUUGCAGUGUAUUAUUAAAAAUAAAUGAUUUGUUGCAA